CACCUUAGAGAAGAUAUACCAUUGUCUUCCUAUCUUCCAUGGCCAACCUGAACUCUCUCCCUUUAUAUGAAAUAAUCCAGCGUAAAAAUGGUGUAAAAAGAGUCGUUGAAAUCAUAAUCUUGUUCCUUCUCCUUUCUCUCCUUAUUUAUCGUCUUCUCUUCCUCAACGACCAUGGCCUCACUUGGCUCCUUGCCUUACUAUGCGAGUCAUGGUUUACCUUCAAUUGGGUUCUCAUCAUCAACAUCAAAUGGAAUCCUGUGGAAUACAAAACGUACCCGGACAACCUCGUACAACGGGCAAUUGAGCUUCCGUCGGUGGACAUGUUUGUGACAACUGCAGACCCUGUGCUAGAACCUCCUAUCAUCACCAUAAACACCGUACUCUCUUUAUUGGCAAUUGAUUACCCAGCUCACAAGCUAGCCUGCUAUGUUUCCGAUGAUGGCUGUUCUCCCUUGACCUACUACUCUCUUUCCGAAGCCUUAAAGUUUGCCAAGCUUUGGGUUCCAUUCUGUAAGAAGUACAAUAUUCAAGUCAGAGCUCCAUUUAGAUACUUUUCCAAUGAUUCCCUAACGUCCAGUACUAAUAGCUCUAAUUGGGAGUUCCAUCAAGAAUGGAGAAGGAUGAAAGAUGAGUAUGAGCUGCUUUGCCAUAAAAUUGAGGAUGCCGCCCAAAAGUCGAGGCCAUGUGAUUUUACUGGGGAAUUUGCAGAAUUCUCAAAUGUAGAACGCAAAAACCAUCCAACUAUUAUUAAGGUUAUGUGGGAGAACAAGGAAGGUCUUGUAGAUGGGGUGCCACAUUUGGUCUAUAUAUCUAGGGAGAAGCAGCAUAAGCAUCCUCAUAAUUCCAAAGCCGGUGCCAUGAAUGUCCUGACGAGAAUCUCUGGAUUGAUGACAAAUGCUCCAUAUAUGCUGAACGUAGACUGCGAUAUGUUUGUCAACAACUCAAAUGUUGUUGUUCAUGCAAUGUGCCUACUAUUAGAUUCCAACAGUGAAAAGGAAUUCGCGUUUGCUCAGUUCCCACAAGUGUUCUAUGAUGGAUUAAAGGAUGACCCCUAUGGCAAUCAGUACGUGGUCUUGCAUGAAGUAAGUCAAAUUUAA